AGAUUUAUGUUUACCAUGUGUAAGAAUCUCAAGUGUGAUUGAAAUUUGUUGUUGUUUUUAAUUGUUUUUCUUUUUUAAUUUAAUUUAGUUAAUUUGAAUGAUUGAUUGGUCAAAAUGGUCUCGACAAUCGGUGCGAGGUUACAAUUAACUCUUUGUCUAAUCAAACCCGAUAUAACUCCGAUCGCUUGUAAAACAAUUGAUCUCAGAAAUCUAAUUUGCAGAAAAGGAUUUUACUUUAUUCGAUCUCGAUGUUGCAAAUUGGAUCAAGCUGAUGCUGAGAGUUUCUAUCAUCAACAUAAAGAUAAAUUUUUCUUCCAUCGUUUGGUUACCUUUAUGUCAAGUGGACCCAUUUGGGCUCAUAUUUUGGCUCAUCCCAAUGCUAUUAAACACUGGAGAUCCAUCAUGGGACCAACAAAGGUUUACAGAGCAGUUUAUGAAGCACCAAAUACGAUCCGUGGCUUAUAUGGAUUAACAGAUACAAGAAAUGCCGUUCAUGGCUCCGAUUCUGAAGAUUCAGCUCUUGAAGAGAUCGCUUUUUACUUUAAAGAUUUUUCAAUUGACCAGUGGAGACAAAAAGAGGAAAAUUUUUUCAUCAAUCGAUCAAAGUUAAUUACAUUUGAUCCAAUUUAUUGUGUCCACGAAUUGAAAGGAGAAAAUAGAAUGGAAAAUGCUAAUUAAAACAUUUACUCGAAACUAUUGAACAAACAACUUAAAAAGUAAAUUCGACGACUGUAAAUGAUGAUACCAUUAAGAGCAAUUAAAUUGCUUUAAGAAAAAUUUAGAAAUACACUUUAUAAUAAGCUAAAUUUGCAAUAAAAAAGCGAAAAUGUUAAUUUUACUUACCAUUAA